AUGAUGCGUCGCCGCGAGAGCAACCUGACGCUGGACGAGGAGGACGACGUGGCCGUCCAGAUCGAGCGCAUCGAGCAGCCCUGGAUGGCGCUCGAGCUGUUCAAGACGCUGUGGCAGAACGCCACGCAGCACGUGAGCUCCAGCUGCACCUUCACGCGCUUCCAGGAGCAGUUUGCCAAGAGUUUGGGGAAGGAUCUGGUCGUCUUCCCCCAACAGAAAUCAGGACAGAAGGGCCCCUUCGUGGUGCUGGCCUAUGCCAGUGUCGCGGACAACUACGGGCUCAAGACGGUGCUGCUGGUCAGGAUGGAGCAGCUCCAUGACUCGGAGCAGAUCGGCAUCACGGUGAAAAAUACAGACCCCGUGCACCGCACCAGGAUGGCGGCGUUCUUAGGCAUUUUGCAGCAGCGCAUCCAGCCGGGCAGUGCACCGAAGCGGCCGCACCCGAGGAUGGCGGAUACGAGCAAGCUGUUCCUGGAGGAGAGCGACCAUGAAGGAGCCACAGACUCGGACACGUCGUCCGUGGCUCCGUCGACGCCGCCGCUUAGGUCCUCGUCCUCGGCUUCAGUUGAGACUCCACCGAGGCGAAAGAUAUCUAUGCCUCUUACGGUGCCCCGGCCAGUAGAACGUGGCAGAUCACACACGAUUCGGUACCGUACAGAUCGGGACAUCGCGUUUGAAGGCUACCUGAGCAAGAAGAGCGACGUGCUCAUGAGCUGGAAGGCGACGUACUGUGUAUUGGAGGAGGACACGCUCGCAUUUUACGAGACGCGAGAGGAUUUCAUCUCGAAUACGAAACUGAUUGGGCGGAUUCAACUACAGGGGAUUGAGCACGAAGACAUGGGCAAGCCCAACGGCUUCCGCGUGAUAGCGGAAGGUAACCACAUCAACCACCUGAGCUCGCGGACAGCCUUUGAGAAGGAGCAGUGGAAACGCGCUAUCAGCAUCGCCAUUUCUAAGGCGCCAGAGGUGACGCGCCCGUACGUAGCGUUCGCAUCGCAGCCGCUGGAGCCACACAAGUUUUACCGGCUGCUUGGUGCACUCUUGCGCCAGGAGAUUGGUGAUUUCCCAUUACUCUUCCGGAGUAUGCACCCGGAUGUCGUCGUGACAUCCAACUUCCCACCAAUUGUGCCGUUCUGGGGCCAGUAUCGCCGAUACGACGGAGUUCUGCUAUUUAUUUCGACGCUUCUGGACUCGGUCACGGUGGAUAAUUUCUCGCUUCUGGAAGUGAUUGAGCUCGUACGUGGAGACGCCGAUUGCGUCGACGAAACUGGUGCCCACCAUGAUGGCCUUACGUCCUCUCCGAUUCCAGUGGACUCGUACGUUCUGUCACCUAAGACGGUCGAAGCGCCCAAGUCGACUCCUGGAAGCGCAUCAACACCGUCGUCGCAAUGGACAAGACGGCUUGUGGUCACUGGGAAAGAGACGUACAACUUGCUUGACACAGACAACCGGCGGGUCACGCAGCUAUUUGUACACGAAUUGUGGCUGGAUCACAAAGACCGUCUAGUACGCUGGCAUUUAAACGGUGACGCGGUUGCUCUCUCGGUCGCAUUCGAUGACGCACCACGCGGGGAGAAUAUCCGACUGGUUCUGCCCGGCGAAACCUCUGCUAUCUCGCACUCGAUUCCCCCGGGAACAUUUUACGUGCAGAUUUUACAAGCUCAGCAGCUUCACGCAUCCGACAGUGGGGGUGAAAAUGGUUCAAAGGGAAGUGCUCAGCACUCAUCCUCCAGUUCAGCCCCCAAGAAGGGGUACCCAGUCUACGCGCGCUGCAUUCUGGAGGAGGGCAAUCACAUGGAACAAACGUUGCGUGGAUUAAACCUGAAAGAAGGUGAAAAUAAGCCGGACGAGCUCGCGAAUUCGUCGAUAGGAGGCUCUCACAAAGAGAACCGCCGCCCUUCUAAGGGAACCCGAUUUUUCCGUGGGUUAAAACGUGCUGCCGGGAUAUCAGGAGAACGAGCUGUGGCGAAAGUUGGCGAUCCGAGUGGGUGUGUGACGAAUAUCUGUAAGUGUAUGCCGGUGACAACUCCCGAUGGCCAUCACAAAGUUGGCACGCUCAAUCCCGACUGGUCCAGUAACCUUCGUCUCGAGUUUCCUGGCUGCGCACGAGGUUUUACGUAUUUUCUGAAGGUUGAGGUGUUCCAGAGUCGCUUCAUGCUACCCGACGAGCUACUGGGUGUAUGCAAAAUUAACGUCACGCCUCAUCUUUCGCUCGUGAAUGGAUCCGCCGAUGCAAAGGCCAACGGGGCUCUUCCUCGCUGGCACAAUCUGUGCGAUCAGUACAACGACUGCAAGGAAUCGUGGGCACCCCCGACAGUAUUUCGCGGUCGGAUCCAGCUUGGCAUUAUUUUCGCUCCGUCCGUGACGUCUGUGGAGAACUUUCCCCAAUCUCAGGGGCUCCGGCGCAUGGCAAGUGAUGGCAGGUUAGUGGAAUCAAGACGAGGGUCUGGCGACGAGGCGUUGCUGCAAAGUUCGUCCAGCUACAACCUCCGCGAAAUCAUCCGCUCCGACAAACGAGCCUCCACUGGAGCGUUUAACAUUCCGAUUGGAGGGGAAGGGCGUUAUAUUUCACGUGAAAUUCGGAGUCGAACGAAUUCAUCAGGAAAGGGGAUCGUCAAAACGGGAAAUGUAUCGGUGGACAGCGAAGACAAGCGAGAGUUGGCACGGUUAACUCGCGAUAACCACACUUUUACGGGGAAGACGACAAAGUUUGAUGUCCCGAAGAAGUACCAGUUGAUUAAGGUGGUGGGCGCUGGGACCUACGGCGAAGUGGUCGCUGCUAGUGACAUUGAGUCAGGCACGACUGUCGCUAUCAAGAAAGUUACCAAUGCUUUUCAAGAUUUACCCGAUACCAAGCGCAUUCUUCGUGAGCUGUGUCUGCUUGGGCAGCUGAACCAUCCGAACUUGAUUACACUGUACGACGUGCCUCGUCCAGAGCGGUUGUCGUACUUGGAAGACAUCUAUCUAGUGACGGAUCUCAUGGAGACCGACUUGCACCGCGUGAUUCACUCGACGCAGACGCUGACGGACGAGCACGUUGCGCACUUCAUGCGGCAGAUUCUGCGAGCUUUGGCCUAUUUACACUCGGCAAAUGUCCUUCAUCGAGACUUGAAGCCAUCGAAUAUCCUGGUGACGAGCACGUGCGAGGCCAAGAUUUGCGACCUCGGACUUGCUCGAUACGUGGAUUAUUCCAAGGCAAAAAAGGUAAAGGGAGCUUCCCAGGAAGACACUUUUGUGGAGUUGACUGAGUAUGUGGUGACUCGAUGGUACCGUGCGCCUGAAAUUCUACUGGACGGCUGUCGAUACGACAAACCUUCGGAUUUGUGGUCCGCUGGCUGUAUCUUGGGAGAGUUGCUAGGCCGCAAACCUCUUUUCCCCGGCUCCAGCACAACCAACCAGCUUAACAAGAUCUUCAACGUUCUUGGCACCCCAGAUCUCUCGUAUAUCGCCAACAUUCACAAAGAGGCCGCACAAAAGUGGGUGCACCGACAGCGACGGAGGUCCAAGAUCCCGUUUGAAGAGCUGUACCCGAACGCGAACCAGCAGGCGCUGGAUCUGCUGGAGAAGCUGCUAGUUUACGAUCCGAAGAAGCGCAUCACUGCCGCUGAAGCUCUUCAUCACCCGUACCUGCGAGAAGCGUUCCGAUCUGUGAUGACCGACAACGUGGAAGGGGAUGAAACUUUCUUUUACGAUGAAGCAGAGCAGGGCGAAGACACGUUUAAGGGGAAAAUCGACGACUCGAACGAGUACGUCCCCGAAUCCAAGCUCGCGAUGCAAGAGGCCGUGUUCGAGCAGGUUUGUAAGUUUCACCCGGAGGCGAGGGAGUACGAGGAGUGGCUGAAGAAGCACGACGAGAAGUACUGUGUAGACCCGGCAACCGGCAAAUUGGUGCCCCUCAAGACUUGA